GUCAAGCGAAGUCAACGAACUGUUGAACUUGGCGGUUCUAAAUUGUAUUUUAGCAGCGAAACCCCAAAAUGCCCCCAAAAAAGCGCGAUAAAGAUAAUGAAACAAACAAGAGUACAAAAAUAGAUCAUUUACAAGCGGACCAUGAGUUAUUUUUGCAAGCAUUCGAAAAACCUACUCAAAUUUAUAGAUUCCUACGUACCCGUAACAUGUUGUCGCCUAUAUUUCUUAAUCGAACUUUAUCAUAUAUGAAAAGGAGGAUGUCGAGAAGCAAUAAAACACGUAUAGGUUUUAGUGUAGAUUCAUUAUUAGAGAGAAUUACUCAAAAGAAGAGUACUGAUUUGCAACCAAAUAGUCUAGGAGGUUAUAUGACCUUAACAUUCUUAGGAUUUUAUGAUAAAAGCCUAGGUGACUCUAGGGACUACCAAGUUAAAGUGGAAACUCUGUUGUUAAAAAUUUGCCACAAGAAAAGAAAGGAAAGCUCAUCUGCCAUAGUGGAAGUUUCAGUUGGAAGCUGCUCUGUACCAUUAAACCCAUCAUCAUCAGAGCCACCUGCAAUGGCCUCUGCUGUUAGUAUAGCUAGUGAUACAUUUAGCCCAUCACAAGGUCCUAAUGUGAAGUCCUACAUGCUUAUGUUAAGAGUGACAGUCACUAAAUCCAUACCAAGUUCCAACACAAAUGGAUCAACUACAGCUGAAAUAACAAAUGGGUCUUCAUCUGAUGAUGAACCUCUAACAAAACGCAUAAAACCUGCAGAUGUGAAUACUAAUUCAGAUAAUAAGUGGAGUAAACUCUAUGGUAGUGAAUUGAUUGUGUAUGACAAACAUAAUAGAUGCCUUUUAACGAAUGGGGAAUAUGAUUUAGUACUACAUGAUGCUACACCAGGUGGUAGAAGUUCAACAAUAGCAAGAUCUCCUCAUAAAGCCUUGAUGGCCCAGUGGGAAACUAUACCUAAUGAAAAUGAUUUACACACAGAAACAAAUCCUUUUGAUAUAUUUAAAGUGCGUCCACUUUUAAAACUCAAACUUAGUUGGAGUCAAGAGCCGACAAAUGGCCUUGUAAAUAGACCAAAACUCUACCAAGCCAAUGAGAGUAACGGAAUUAAAAAAGACUCUACUGUUAAUAAGGAUAGACUAUCAACGCAGAAGAAUGGAAAUAGCGAACACAAGAUUAAUGAUAAAAAAGAAAGCAAUGGCGAAACAAAAAGACAACAAAUAAUAUACCAGUUCCUAUAUAACAAUAACUCAAGACAGCAAACAGAAGCCUGUGAUGAUCUACACUGCCCGUGGUGUUCUUUAGACUGUGGUACUCUGUACUCAUUGCUCAAACACUUGAAGCUAUGCCAUUCCCGAUUUAACUUUACAUACUUUCCAAUACCGGGCGGGGCCCGUAUCGACGUAUCAAUAAAUGAGCUAUACGACGGGUCAUACACGGGUUCACCACAUGACCUUAUCGCGUCUCAAGGGCGGUCGUCUGCCAGUGGCCCCAGGGCAGGCCCUACUCGCAGGGCCUCACUUACCCAUCUCCUAAUUUGGAGGCCCCGUGCCAGAAGACGUGCUCAGAGGCAUAGCUUAGCUGAGUUCUUGGAGUUAGAUGAUAAUGACGUUCUAGAUGCACAGAGGCCAUACAUUACUGGACAUAAUAGGCUAUACCAUCACACUAUAACCUGCCUCCCAGUGUACCCCAACGAACUAGACAUUGACUCAGAAAGUGAAACCGACCCCCUCUGGCUCCAACAAAAGACCAUGAUGAUGAUAGAUGAGUUCACUGACGUCAACGAAGGCGAAAAAGAAUUAAUGAAGAUGUGGAACCUUCACGUCAUGAAGUACAAUUACGUGGGAGACUGCCAGAUAUCGCUCGCUUGUCAAAUGUUCCUUCAAAUGAAGGGCAAAGAACUCUUAGAGAAGAAUCUCUAUAGAAACUUCAUACUCCACAUGUGUUCACUGCACGAUUUCGGGUUAAUAACCUCAGUGGCGUUGUACCAAACGGUGCAGAUGCUUAAUCAAAUGCUCGCAGACAACGCGGAAGCCAAAGAGAAGAUGCGUGAUUCCCUCAAAGCGCAAAGGGAACAUUGGAACACGGUCGGGAAGUUCCAACAACCGGUUGUGAUAGAGGCGAAGCCGCAAACGACCACUGCCAAGUUAAACGUGGAGGCCUCGCCCUCAGUGAGAAGAAAGACUUCGAAUUUACAAAACGCAAAUAGAAUGGCCAGCACUAGUUCCAAUUUUAAAUCAGCCAGUCCGGCCCCGAAUGGGGAGAAGCGGAAAAUGUCUUCCGGAAGUAUUCAGAGUCGGAAACGUUCGUCGAUCUCGGAAAGGAAAAGUUCUGUAUAGCAAAGACUGGUCUUCAAUGUUGAGGCUUCGAUUCAGUGAUAUUGUGUUUAGGAAAUUUUGUUUGGGUGAGUAGGUGAGAUUGCAUUAUAUUUCAUUUUACGGAAUCGCCCGAUUUAGUUAUAAGUAUUCCAUUAAAUGGAUAGCAAUAGUUUGCAGAAUUUUCGAUCGUAGAUCUCGCAGUCAAAACAUGGUGCCUAGUGGUUUUUUGAAAUGUGAUCUACUCACGAUAGAAUAGACGUGAUGACGACGACGAUAACAAAAAGGGACAAUUUUAGUUUCGUACUUUGACCUGACUAUGAGUUUUAAUAUUUAUUAAAAUACGAGAGAAUUAAAAACAAAAUGUUUUUCAACGUAGGGACAGACCGGUUCCAAUAUUUAUUUACACCAAAUAAAUUACUUUAAACUCGUGGAUAUCAACAUGAAUUUCCUUAUUAGUAAGUUAGAAAGUAGGAUCGAAUAGGGAAUGGAUAUAUAUACCUAUGUUGAUAAAUGUUUCAAACGGGGAUUCAUCAAUGAACAUAAUGCAAGAUAUAUUAACUAUUGUUACAACUGGAGUUGUAAUCUGUUUAAAGUGUUAUUCUAAUAGACUGGUUCAAGACUAACAGUAUUUUAAGAUGUUUAGUUAAACGCAAAACCAAUAUAUCUAUAUGCCUUGUUUGUGGAAUAAAAUCGGUGUAGAUUUUUCAUGGAUUGGUUGAUGUAUGAAAUGUUUUGCUAAGUCAAUUUUUUUAAAAAAAAUUUUGUGCUCGAUUAAUUUUUUUUAAAUUAAAACCAAAAUAGUGUCCUAUUUUCGUCAGUUCCAAAGCGAUUUUCCGAAGAUACUAGCAUUAAAAAGGCGUUCUUUAAAAAUCAUCUAAAGCCCUGUUCCUAUAUUAUAUACGAGUUAUAGUUGUCACGAAUCGUCGAUUUUAUUGACAACGCAUUGGCUGUCACUUUUUUAUAGACAAACCCACUCGUAAGCCAUAACCCACUCACUAAAAUUGUGAUUGUUAUAAUGACAAAUUAAACGCAUGCUUUAUUCUAGGUCUUGUCGCAAAAGGUAGCAAUUUCGCCGAUGGUACAGAUCUAUUAUGAGACUCAGUAAAAUUAUAUGAAAGGACCUUAAAAAUAAACUUAAAUAUUGUUUUGCCUUAAGUUGGUUAACGGAUAUAAACAUGAAUUUAUUACUUACAUAACUUACACUGACGUUUCGAUUGCUUUUUAGCUACUGUGGUCAAACUUGCGUUUAUAUCAAAGAUCUAUUUAAAUAUAGAAAGUGGGAAUCAAAGACAAUAUUGUUUCUCAAUCUUGCAUAGACAACUUUUAGUUAAGUUUUUUUAACAGGUGUGUACUCGGAGAGUUUACACGUUUACUGUUUGUCUGUGGGCGUUUUCUAUAUGGAACUCCUCUAAGUCAUUUUCGUAUAGAAAAUCUUUGUAGUAAAUAUGUGGUAAUGUGGUUAUAGAUUGUAUAAUGUUAUAAGUCUGUGUGCGGUCCAAAUUGUAAAUAAUCGAGUAAAGAUUAUACGAGUUUUGUUACUUCAGCAACAGCGUAUACAUCUGCUGGCCUUAGGUUAAGAUUCCGAAGUGAGACUUAUCGCUCAGUCUGACGUAUGGCAAAAAUGUAUUGGAUUUUGACAUACGGAAGUAUAGUUCGCGCAGACUUAUUUCUGAAUCUUACCUAAGUGUCGUUAGUGCAAUUACUAAACGAUAGUAACCAUAACCAUAAAAGCAAGAAGUUUUUAGUUUUCAUCGCCAACAAAAAUACAUCGUCUACUGCAUCAGUUCCGAAUAUUAAAAAAUUGCUGUAUAUUUAGGUGCAUAAAAAUUCACAGUAAUUACCGCUAGUUCUGAAUAGACUAGGUUUAGUAUAGACGAGUUUUGUAUAGUGUAUUUUUAAAUUGUCGGUUUUAAAAUGCUUAUACAGGAUUGAUUCGUAUUUGCUAUUCGUCUGUACAAAGGAUUAAAAUUAAGUGUUUUAUCGACUGCGGAUUGAUGAAUUGAUUGCUAAAUUUGUGAUUU